GCUGGUCAGUUAAGUUUAGAGCAUCUGGAACAAGUUGAGAAUUAUGUGGAAAAGAGUCUGAAGACAGGUACUCCGCCUCAAAUCUUAAGCUCUAAGGAACAAAUGAAAAAGCAUAUGAAUGAGAUUACUACACUGAUUAGUGCUGAAGAUUUACUACCUAAAGUUGAAGCAGACAUCGUUUUAAGCAAAGACGUCAGAUCACUUCGACACAUUGGAGAUAUAAUUUCAGGAACUGCACUAUACAGCAAUGCAGAGUAAAAAAGAUAGAUUGCUUUGAGCAUCUUCCAAAGGAGAGAAAGGUUUCAUUUUCACUAAUCAUGGAGGCACCAGAUUCAUCUCUUCUAUCAGUUCCCCACUCUUCUCUGAGGUGUAGCCUAGUACCAGUUGGAAAUGGCAAUGAGCCAAUCGAUGCUACAGUCAUUGCCACUAGUACUCAUUCUGGAGUAUACAAAAUACUAUGCAACCCUUCUUCACACGAUACUCAUAGGGUUAAAAUUCAAGUGUAUGAUGUACAGCUUGAAGGCACAUCCCUGGUCAUCCCUUUCAAUCCUUACCUUGAUAACAUCAUUCCAGUACGUACCAUCGACGAGCUUAAUUAUCCCUGGAGAGUUGCUGUAAGUGAUGAUGGAUAUCUGAUGGUAAGUGAAAGUCUUGGGGACCGUGUUACAAUAAUGGAUAGAGAAGGAAUGAAAGUGAAGUCAUUUGGAGGGACAGAAGGAACUGGUAAUGUUAAGUUUCUUUCUCCUCAUGGAGUUGCUUUUACGUCUGACAAAUUUAUUCUAGUGUCUGAUAGUCACAGGAUCCAGAAGAUAAACAUAGAUGGAGACUGUUUAGCAUCGGUAGGUGAAGAGGGUACAGAACCACUUCAGUUUAAGUAUCCUGUUGGUAUUGCUAUUUCUCCUAUAACAGGACAGGUGUAUGUUGCUGAUAGUGGCAAUCACCAUAUACAAGUCUUGAAUCCUGAUUUGACCUUUUCUCAUUUCUUUGGUAGUAAGGGCUCAGCAAAUGGGCAGUUUCUGUAUCCACGAGACAUUGCCAUUGACAAUCAAGGAUUCGUGUAUGUUACAGAUUGGGUGAAUCAUCGUGUUCAAUAUUUCACUCCAGAUGGGGCAUUUGUAGCUUUAUUUGGUAAUGAAGGGUCUGGUCCUGGACAGCUUAACAGUCCAAUAGGUAUUACAAUCGAUAAUACAGCUACUGGCCUAGUGUAUGUUAGUGAAUGGAACAAUCAUCGUAUUUCAGUCUUUACCAAUGAGGGCCUUUUUGUGAGCAGCUUUGGAAGAGAAGGCAGCAGUAUUGACGAGUUUAAUAGUCCCAAAGGAUUGACGUUUGACAAAGAAGGAUUUUUGUACAUUUGUGAUUAUUACAAUAAUCGACUUGUUGUUUAUUGAGCUAUUUUUAUAAACUGCUGUGGUAAUGAAAUUAAAGUGUUCUCAUUAUUUCUGUUUAAAAUUUAUCUAUAACUAGAA